CGCGAGAAAGUUCCUCUCUCGGCGACGUCGGAUGGAAAGUGAAACCGGAGCCAUACCGGAAGUUGUUUUUAAUGAUGAUGGGAGACAACUUCCGGUAAGAUGGCGUGUGCCGAGUCUGAAAUGUGCGACAUCGAAGAUAAAAGGGAAGCGAAAGGCGCGGUGAACGACCUGAAUCAAGAACUGGACAAUCAGAUGGACGAUGACGACGGAGAGGAUUACGAAAACGUCGUGAAUCUAGGUUUCCUAGAAGAGACGGACCCUCGUUUACUGAGGAGUCACAUGUUUCCGAGCAAAGUCGGGGGUUGGCCCGCUUGGUUGUCCCUCUCGCCGCUGCCAACCCCCGAUCAGCUGCGCUGCCGCCUCUGCGCCGGUCCCUGUAUAUUCUUGCUACAGGCUUACGCCCCUAUCAACAGGCUUACCCGGGCUUUCCAUCGGACACUGUUCCUGUUCGUGUGUCGAAACGGAGCGUGCAAUCGGCGCAACUCGGCCGAAAACUUUCGCGUGUUCCGCGCCCAGCUGCCGCGCGUGAACCGCUUCUACAGCUGCGAACCCCCGCCGCUUCUCACCACGCGGCCGACCUCGUCACAGUCGACGGUGAAGCUCAAAGACACGAUCGCGUCCGCCAACACCUGCAGCACCAUCUCGAUUCCGAACAACGAAGACGAAGGCGAUGCCGAUGGAAACGUGGGCGGCGCCGCCGCCGAGGAGGAGGACGACAGCAUCGCUGUCGACCUCGCCUCCGACGAGGCGCCGUGUGCCGUCAUGUACCAGAGCGUGUGCGUGGUGUGUGGAGCCGCCGGGCCGAAGAGAUGCGGCGGUUGUCUGAACGUUACUUACUGUGGCAAACAGCACCAGGCGGUCGACUGGCAAUACGGUCACCGCAACGUUUGUAAAAACAGAUCGUCAAACACAAACACAGGUGGAGCAAGCAGGGACCAGCCAGGUGUACUGUUCAAGGAGUACGAACUGGUGACGGAGACGGAGGAGCUGGAGAGUGAUGCAAACGACAGCAGUGAGGAGGAUGAGAACAGUGGCGGGGUCGGUGUCGACGGCUCCUCUUCGAACACGGCUCUCAUCAAGGCGGGACCCGGUAAAGACAAGAAAAAGGGAAGCGGUGGUCACCUGAAGGACCUCGAAGCAUACGCCCGAAAGGAGACGUCCGACGACAAGGAGUUCCUCAAGUUUCGCCGCCGCAUUCGCCCCGACCCAGAACAGGUUGUCCGUUACCACUUGGGUGGUAACGUAUUGUGGGUGUCCAGUGAUAAUAAACCUAGUGAACACAGCAUUCCACCAUGUUCUUCUUGUGGUGCUCAACGCAUCUUUGAAUUUCAGGUGAUGCCACAACUGCUGACCCAUCUUGGUGUUGAUCUUUUGGACGACAGUCUUGACUGGGGAACACUGGCUGUGUAUACCUGUGCUGACAGCUGCGACAUUGGGGUGAAAUAUGUACAGGAGUUUCUAUGGAAACAGGACUAUUCCUCAAAAUGCUCUUGAAAUGAAAUAAAACAACUUAUUUUAAUGCUUUUAA